AUGUCAUACCUCAACUCCGUCGCUGGCCUGCUUGCCGUUGGCCGCGACAGAACACCCAAACCCCCACAAGACUUGCUCCCCAAUCUCGCCCUUGACAUAAUCCUAGUAGUAGCGGAUCAUCUUCCCCUACUGGGCCUGCUCCAUCUCGCGCAGACCUGCUCACGCCUGCGCGAAAAGCUGCUCAAGCGUCUGCGGCUCGAGGCCCGGCGCGCCUCGAAGCAAGAGCUGCUUGAGUGUCUGACAGUGGCCGCACAAGCUUGCCCCGACGCCUGGGUCUGCCAGGAGUGUAUUACCAUGCAUGCUGCAGACUAUAGUGACACACCGCAUCGGCGAGCGCUGGCGUGUCCCCGGCUUCGCUACAUUCCCUUGCACUCCACCCCUCGCGACGGCGACAACGACGACGACGACGACUACCAGCUGCAUCACCACCAUGUCCAGCUGGCUCUCAAGUACAGCCGGCUGAAGAAUCCAACAGAGAAGCAGAGGGCGUACCUGCAGCAGCUCUUGGCGCCACACGCGCGCACGCGCUUUCGCAUCAAUCCGCACGACGCGCGCGGCAACCUGCUGAAAGCCUCGUAUAUCCUGACGCCCAAGAUUGUCAUGGGCCGGUAUGUGCGAAUGUCCACCUGGACAUUUUCGCAGUGGCCAAAGCAGCCUUCUGUCGAAAAUGCUGGAGCUUUUGCGCUGUGCUGUCACCUGCCCAGCGCGCCGGUGAGCUGUACCGAGGACGGCCUAGUCACACCCCGACGGCACGACUCGCAGCUGGUCAAUGCACUGUGCCGGGUCUUUUCGUGCGAGCAUUUCUCUUUGGGCCAUUAUUUCUUCUGCGCUGUCGAAUUUCAAGUCAAGCUCGAUCGCCGAGGCAAGAGGCUGACAAUCGAGGCGUGGCAGGAUCUCGGGCCAGAAGGCUCCGUCUAUCAUGCCAACUGGCGAACGGCGGCGUGGGACAGUCGCCAGCACAGCAUCGUCGAGCACAUGGUCCAGAAUAGGCUCCUCGGCUCGGAACGAAGCCCGUUUCAGGAAUUAUAUGAGGAAUCGGGCCCAUCCACGUCCGAUGAUGAGGACGGGGGUGAACAGAACUGGUCUGCAGGGUCUGACUCUUGGGCCAACCGGUACAUCUCCCACUCGAGGUUAUAUCACCCGCUUCAGAAAGCAGAAUAA